AUGUUCAGUAAAGCCAUUACCACCUCUCGACUUGCAAGCUGUGCAACGUUUCUCCUUGCGUUGGGCGCGAAAGGAGCCUUUGGCGAUACCGCCAUCGACAAUGAUACAUUCCAGAACGAUCCAGCUGGUGCAGCCAUUCAGGCGGCUCCAUUGUGGUUCUUGCCCACCAGUACUUGCUUUCGAUCCCCAGCAGAAGUGAACGGAGAACAGACCAACGGAAACGACCCUGACAACUGCAACAUCAACAAGAUCGAUAACAACUGCCCUCAGCAGCCUGAUUGGCAAGGAGCUUAUACCAAGGCCAAUUCAUUCCCGACCUAUUACUACGUCAAGUACUGUGGCGAUCUGGAUCAAUGGCGUAUUCUCUACGAUGUAUACUUCACAAAGGACACAGGCCAUAAGAGCGAUUGGGAAUGGGCGGUGAUAAACAAUGGCAACGGCGGCUACAACCGUGACAGUGUAAUUAUGGAGCAAGAAGGCAAUCACGGCUACUCUGCGUGGUCUUCAAUUCCGGAAGCAUUCAUCGACAACAUCUACAACAACGACGGCUCGAACGGAAACCAUGCCAAGCUCUACGUUGCGAAGUGGCAUCACUCGAUCCAGACCAGUCCUAACAGCAGCUUCAAGAGUACAUGUCCUCCAGGUUUCAAGGACGAUUUCCGUGCAAACGACUAUUAUUGGGUUGCGUCAGACAAUCUGGUGUCAGACGACGUGAUUGACCCAAGCUGGGUUUGGGGCAAAGCAGACUCGUUCCCUGCUAGCUUCCACGACGGAGGAGCUCACGACAUCUGUCGUAAUCUCUAG